AGCUAAAACUAGUGGAAACAGGGAGAGUAGAUGGGAAAUAACAGAGAGAGAGAGCGAGAGAGAAAGAUGAAGAAAGAGCAGAGCGAGUGAGAGAAUAACAGCCACAAUAUGCUAAAUGAGGAGAGGAGAAGAGGACAGAAACACUGCUGAAAAAGGGAGUGAGGGCGAAAUUGAAUUGUAGAUUGAGGGAGCCUCUCUCCUCCCUCUUUCCCUCCCUCUUUUAUUUAUCUCAUGUGACACCACGCCUCCCUCCUUUCACUUGUCAGUGCAUCUAUAACAGUGAGCUGUCUGCACCGGGCUGCGUGGGGGGUGAGACGAGCUCCUCACUCUUCCAGCAAAAGAGACCAGAUCUGAACGGACCGGACAAGACUGGAUGGUACUAGACUGGCCAGAACAGAUCUUGGCAGUCAGUGGCUGAUCACUGUGGGCAAGGAGGACAUCAGACACAGCUUGUUUAGAAGGUUGAGUGAGGGAGCCGCAGACUCCGUGUUGCUGUGUGAAACGACGAACUGAGGAGGUGACUGCAGGGUAGCGUGAUGGCAGGGCGGGGGCUUUUCGCCCCUCUCCCUCUUCUUCUGCUCUUUCUCGUCCUGGGGGGAGUCCUUCCUGUAGCACAGGGCUCCGGCUACCUCGCUGGAUAUCGGCUGAGGUCUCGCCUGCAGAGGGAUCGUCACGUCCGUAACAUCCGACCCAACAUCAUUCUCAUCCUCACUGAUGAUCAGGAUAUAGAGCUGGGCUCAAUGCAGGCCAUGAACAAAACCCGGCACAUCAUGGAGAAGGGUGGCACACACUUCUCCAACGCCUUCUCCACUACACCCAUGUGCUGUCCGUCCCGGUCCUCCAUCCUGACAGGGAAGUAUGUGCACAACCAUCACACUUACACCAACAAUGAGAACUGCUCCUCGCCAUCGUGGCAGGCCCACCACGAGCCGCAUACCUUCGCUGUGCACCUCAACAACUCUGGCUACAGGACAGCCUUUUUUGGAAAGUAUCUGAAUGAGUACAAUGGCUCCUAUGUGCCCCCUGGCUGGAAGGAAUGGGUAGCCCUGGUGAAGAAUUCACGCUUCUACAACUACACCCUCUGCCGGAAUGGAGUACGAGAGAAACACAGCAGCGUCUACUCCAAGGACUACUUGACAGACAUCAUCACAAACGACAGCGUCAACUACUUCCGUAUGUCCAAGAGGAUUUACCCUCACCGUCCUGUCAUGAUGGUCCUGAGCCAUGUAGCUCCGCAUGGACCAGAAGACUCUGCCCCACAGUACAGCACUGCUUUCCCAAACGCAUCACAGCACAUAACCCCCAGUUACAACUAUGCUCCUAACCCAGACAAACAUUGGAUCCUACGCUACACAGGACCAAUGAAGCCCGUCCACAUGCAGUUCACUAACAUGUUGCAGCGCAGGAGGAUGCAGACUCUGCUGUCUGUGGAUGAUAGUAUGGAGAAGUUGUACAACAUGCUGGUAGAGACUGGUGAACUGGACAACACCUACAUCAUUUACACCUCAGACCACGGAUACCACAUCGGCCAGUUUGGUCUGGUGAAGGGCAAAUCAAUGCCUUACGAGUUUGAUAUCCGUGUUCCCUUCUACAUACGAGGACCUAAUGUGGAGCAAGGGGCCAUUAAUCCUCAUCUAGUGUUAAACGUUGACUUGGCCCCGACUCUGCUGGAUAUGGCUGGUGUUGAUAUCCCCGCAGAAAUGGAUGGCAAAUCGAUCCUCAAGCUUCUGGACACAGACAAACCAGUCAACAGAUUCCAGUUAAACAGGAAGGGAAAAACAUGGAGAGAUUCUUUCCUGGUGGAGAGAGGGAAGCCUCCACACAAGAGAGCCGAUGGGAAGGAAAUGGCACAGGAGGAGAACUUCCUGCCGAAAUACCAGCGGGUGAAGGACCUGUGCCAGAAGGCAGAGUACCAGACUUCCUGCCAACAGCCAGGACAGAAGUGGCAGUGUGUGGAGGACCCGACUGGCAAGCUGAGGCUGUAUAAGUGCAAGGGCAUGGCUAGUCUCUAUGCCCCACGUAUGCAGGCUUUGAUGGCCAGCGGUGGCUCCCAGCUGUUCCUCACACCCAACUCUGACAGCUGUAACUGUGGAGACGUGGGCUUGAAAACAUCAGUCCUGAAACGAAAGAGGCUGCUCACCAAGAAGAAUUCCUCUGUCUCGUCUUAUUCAGAGAUGAAAUCCAGUAAGACUGUGUCUAGGAAGCGCUGGGCUCGCUCAGUGUCAUUUGAGCUAGAUGGAGACCUGUACGCUGUGGACCUGGAGGAGGGCUACCAGCCCCUGGGCUCCAGGAACAGCAGCUGGGCCAAAGACAGGAAGAGAGGCGCAGGGAAUGAGGAGGACAAUGACGAUUUCAGUGGCAUGGGGGUCACAGCCAAACCCACCAUCAGCAACAUGCUCACACCACCUCCUGCUCUCAAGGUCACCUACAGGUGCUCCAUUCUUAUGAAUGACACAGUAAAGUGUGAUGGAGGCCUCUACAAAUCUCUUCAGGCAUGGAAAGACCACAAACUGCACAUUGAGCAUGAGAUUGAAACCUUGCAAACCAAAAUCAAGAACCUGCGUGAGGUUAAAGGUCACCUGAAAAAGGUGCGGCCAGAGGAAUGUCAGUGUGACACUCCCAGGACUGUGCUUAAAGAUAAAGAGAUUUUCAAGCUCAAUGCAGGACGCAUGCAUUCACUCAGAAUGCCAUCGAAGCAGCAGACUCAGUGGCUGCAGAAGGAGCAGAAGCGCAGAAAGAAAUUGCGUAAAUUCCUUAAAAGGCUUCAGAACAACGACACAUGCAGCAUGCCUGGCCUCACCUGCUUCACCCAUGACAACCAUCACUGGCAGACCGCCCCCUUCUGGACAAUGGGUCCAUUCUGUGCAUGCACCAGUGCCAACAACAACACCUACUGGUGCCUGAGGACCAUCAAUGACACACACAACUUCCUGUUCUGUGAAUUUGCUACCGGUUUCCUGGAGUAUUUUGACCUCAACACUGACCCAUACCAGCUGAUAAAUGCUGUCAGCAGCCUCGACCGCAAUGCUCUGAAUUCGAUGCAUCAACAGCUCAUGGACUUACGAGGCUGCAAGGGACACAAGCAAUGCAACCCGGAGAAGGGAGGAAAAGAGCGAAACUACUUCAGUGAAUACAGGCCAGUUCAUCGUCGAAAGAGGCCAAAAGUGAAGAAGCCUUCCUCCAAAUCGCUAGGGCAGAUUUGGGAAGGCUGGGUUGGUUAACCACCUGCAACCCACAACCGACCACACUGGCCUUCUCCAGCAAAGGAGGGAGAAGGGGGAGUGAAGGUGAACCUAAGGACCUUGACCACACUUUGAUGGACCAUAACCUGAGAUUCUACUGUACUGUACUCUGAUCUGGGGUUUUAAUUUUUUUAAGAGAACUACUCUUUGUAGCUCUCACCUGGGCAGAGGAGACACUGAGACUAAGAGGAAGUUAACGAAUCUCCAAUUGUCAAUUUUACCUUCGCACACAUUUCGUACUCAUUUACAUCCUUGCUGUCAAGACCGAUAACACCAGGAUGCUGUGAUUCAGAUGGGACAGUUUGGUAUUCACAAACUAUUCAGUCUCACAGUACUGCUUGUAGAUAAUAUAUAUCAGCUUUAAUCAGCUUUCUCUCAUCAUAUGGGACUGGAUGGAAACAUGAGUUGUCAACCUUGCUGCUACACAACAAUAUCAUGGGUGCCACUGCUUGCCCUCAUGAUGUCUCUGUGGCACAUGCUGAUAACCUCAAUCAUAUCGUUUGGAAUAUGAUUGCUGGCAUUAACAACAGACUUUUUUUUUGUCUUUUUCUGCACCAAUGUGUCUGCACAUGGAAGUGGUUUGGACUGUAUGACGACCAACUGUAACAGACUUUUCGCCAUAAUCUUUUGUAUUAUAGUUGAUCUUAACGCUGAUGAAUGUCCUUAACGAAGCGUCAUCUUCCUCAAAGCUGUGAGAUGUGAGGUGAUUUUAGAUUUUUUGCCUGCCUUGAUCCAACCCCUCCACAGUGUCAGCCACAACUGGAACAGGCCUACACUAACCACUGACUGUCUCACAAUGGUACCAUCCAAACCUCCAAAAUAUUUGACCACUGGCAGAAUGCGUCAUUAGUGAAUGCCAUUUUUCUCCUUUGUAUUGUCAUUACCACACUGUAGAAGUAUCCAAAUAGUUUGUUCAGCUUGCUAUAAAUGGUGCUACAGGAUAACAAUACAGAAAUAAAAUCUUGCUGUACAGUACAGUAUGUAUUUGAAUGUAUGUUGUGCAAUUAAUAUAAAUGUUUACAAUAUUUUUUAUAAUACUGAAGAGGCAGGCGUCAUUGUAUGAUAUGAGUUGAUAAAGUGACAUUAUAGGGAGAAAUGUAGACUGAGAAAUUUCAUUGCCCGCAAUUUGUAUGUUGGUCCUCUCCUUAUUUACAUUGGAAAAGCACUUAAAGGGUUCACUGUGAAGAGAUGCGCCAUGUACAUUUAAUGGAUAUAUAGUUUACUCUGUGCCAGAGGAACAACACAACAAUGUAAUACCUAUUGAUGUGAAUUUUAGCAACCUGCCUUUGUUAGCUUCUUUGAUUUUUUUUUUUUUAGCAGAUAUUUCCAUAGACCUGAGUGCUGAUAGUAAUUGUGAAUAAAGUGUUGUUUGACCAUG